GUUUGUAUCCUCCAGUCUGUCACACUCAGCGGCACCAGUAGCUUCCCUCUCCCCGCUGCGUUCACACUUCUAUCCGGCUCUCGUCUCCUCGAAUCACCGCUGCUACCUCUCCCGGCAUGGAGCAGGAGGGGCGCUUUAUUCUUGUCCCCAUGCGCCCUUUUACCAGCUAGGUCGGGCUACUACAACCACGUCCAGCCUCAGGACACGAUCCGGGCUGAGUUUUGUGUGUUAGAUUCACAGAAGAAGCAGUGACAACCCUCUCCAGCGCGAACCGGGGUCGCAGAGACGCUACAGACAGCAGCAGUGGGAAGAAGCCGUUUCAGGAUACCGUGCGUUUUGGCGUGCGCCCUCCAUCAUGGCGAGUGAUUCUCCGGCUCGCAGUCUGGAUGAAAUUGACCUCUCCGCUUUAAGAGAUCCUGCUGGCAUUUUCGAGCUGGUCGAGCUGGUAGGAAAUGGCACAUAUGGACAAGUGUACAAGGGCCGCCAUGUCAAGACGGGGCAGCUGGCCGCCAUCAAGGUCAUGGACGUCACAGGGGAGGAGGAAGAGGAGAUUAAAGCUGAGAUUAACAUGCUGAAGAAGUACAGUCACCAUAGAAACAUUGCUACAUAUUAUGGAGCCUUCAUCAAGAAGAAUCCUCCAGGGAUGGAUGACCAGCUAUGGCUGGUGAUGGAGUUCUGUGGAGCAGGCUCAGUCACAGACCUGAUCAAAAACACCAAAGGAAACAGUCUGAAAGAGGAGUGGACCGCCUACAUCUGCAGAGAGAUCCUUCGGGGUCUGACUCAUCUGCACCAUCACAAAGUCAUCCAUCGAGACAUCAAGGGCCAGAAUGUGCUGCUGACGGAAAACGCUGAGGUCAAACUAGUUGACUUUGGCGUUUCGGCACAACUGGACCGCACAGUGGGGAGGAGGAACACUUUUAUAGGGACGCCAUAUUGGAUGGCUCCAGAGGUCAUAGCCUGUGACGAGAAUCCAGAUGCCACAUAUGACUUCAAGAGUGAUUUAUGGUCUCUGGGGAUCACUGCAUUGGAGAUGGCAGAAGGAGCUCCACCACUGUGUGAAUUACAUCCAAUGAGAGCCCUCUUCCUCAUCCCACGAAACCCCGCCCCCAGACUCAAGUCAAAGAAGUGGUCAAAGAAGUUCCAUUCGUUUAUAGAGCACUGUUUGGUGAAGAACCACACCCAGAGGCCCAGCACCGAGCAGCUCCUGAAGCACCCGUUUAUCAAGGACCUGCCCAAUGAGAGGCACAUCCGCAUCCAGCUCAAGGACCACAUCGACCGCACCAAGAAGAAGAGAGGGGAGAGAGAUGAAACAGAAUACGAAUACAGCGGUAGUGAAGAAGAAGAUGAAGACAGAGAUAUGGGAGAACCAAGCUCCAUCAUCAAUAUCCCCGGUGAGUCGACCCUGAGGCGGGAUUUCCUGCGCCUACAGCUGGCCAAUAAGAGAUCAGAGGCCCAGAGACGACAGCAGCUAGAACAACAGCAAAAUGAAGAGCACAAGAGACUACUGCUGGCCGAGAGGCAGAAACGCAUAGAGGAGCAGAAGGAGCAGAGGAGGAGGCUGGAAGAGCAACAACAGCGAGAGCGCGGGCUGCGAAAACAACAGGAGAGAGAACAGAAGAGACGAUUAGAAGAACUGGAGCAGCUCCGUCGAGAGGAGGAGAGGAGGCACGCCGAGAGAGAGCAGGAGUACAAGCGUAAGCAGAUCGAGGAGCAGCGUCAGGCCGAGCGUCUGCAGAGGCAGCUGCAGCAGGAGAGGGCCUACCUCGUGUCACUACAGCAGCAACAACAACAACAACAACAGGAAGGGAGACAGGUGGACAAGAGACAGCUUUACCACUACAAGGAUGUGCCCAACCCUAAUGACAAGCCCGCCUGGGCCAAAGAGGUCCAGAAACCACAGCUUGGUAACCCUCCCCACUCCAAGCUUCAGCAUCACCACUCCUUCGACCAGCCUCCUCCUCAAUCUGCACCACAGGGGCAUGCCCCGAGGCGCAGAGCCUCCGAGGGCCCAUGGCCCAUCCCCAGUAUCCACAUAUCAACAGAGGCCUUAGACUCAGGGCUAAAGCAGGAGAUCAGCCAGCAGCUCAAACAGUUAAGAGCCCAAAGAGUCAAUCAGAAGGAGCAGAGCCCAGGGCACACAGAGGAGCCACACAAGCCCCCAGGACAGAGGCACAAUAAGGGACCCAGUAAGAACCAGAGAGAGCACCCUAAACGGGGCUCUGCAGAGCCCCCCAGCAGAGACAAGCCCAGAGACAGGCCUGUGUCUGCCCCUGAGGGCCCCAAGAGCCCUGGACCCUCCUCCAAACCUGCUCCCGCUCAGGUCAAACUGGUGGAGGAGAGAUCUAAGCUGAACAGACAGAGCUCUCCAGCCGUGCAGCACAAAGCGUCCCACCGUAUCUCCGACCCCUCCCUCCCUCCCCGCUCCGAGUCCUUCAGCAGCACCCCUCCCGUACAACGCCCCCUAGAGCCUCAGAUGGCUCACCUAGUCCCAGUGAAGACCCACUCCAGCUCCAUGUCCGGGUCCCAGUCUCUUCAGGAUCAGACCGGAUCAGCUCUGAACGAGGGCAUUGGCGAACGGGGCUCUGCGAGACCUGAAAUUCCUCGCCAAAACUCCGACCCCACCUCAGAUACGCCCGCCGCCGCUGCCGUGCCCGUACGAGACCGCGAGAGAGAGCGGGAACGUGAUCGGGACAGGACAGCCUGGCUCAGAGAUGAGGACAUGCCACCCAAGGUUCCUCAGAGGACCACCUCCAUCUCUCCAGCUCUGGUCCGGAAGAACUCUCCUAAUGGAGGCGUGGGAUCUCGAGGAGGCUCUCAGCUCAUACGGGCCAGUAACCCAGACCUUCGGCGAUCAGAGCUGUCUUUAGACGCCAUAUUACAAAGGACUUCCUCCAACUCCUCCUCCUCUUCCUCACCUUCAUCUCAGGGAGGCUCAGGCGAGAGAAGAGGUCAAAGAAAGCAGGAAGGAUCUCCCCCAGCAGCCAAUCAGGAACCUAAGCCGAAACCCGAGGAAGGGCGGGACUCGAGUCGACCCAGCAGACCAGCAGAUUUAAGUGCUUUGGCGAAGGAACUGCGGGAGUUGAGAGUUGAAGAGGGCACCAGGCCUCCUGUCAAAGUGACAGACUACUCGUCCUCCAGUGAAGACUCUGAGAGCAGUGACGAAGACGGCGAGACAGUCGGCCAUGACGGGACUGUUGCCGUUAGCGACAUACCCCGAAUCAUGCCGGUGGUGAAGACCAGUGGUGAGUCUCGCGGCGGGAUGACGGAGGACGCGCUCGGAGACGCCUACAACAGCUCCAAGGACAGCACUCUGGUGAUGAGAGAGGCAGAGGAGAGGAGGAGAGGAGCUCACAUGGAGAGUAAUGGUUUUGGGAAUCACAGUAACCAUGGUAACCUCCCUGACCUGGUGCAGCAGAGUAACUCCCCAUCAGCCACACCCACCAGCGCCCUGCAAGAGCUGGGAGACAUGGCAGAGUUUGGUUUGAGUGGAUCCAAAUCCUCUUUUACGCCGUUUGUCGACCCUCGUGUUUAUCAGACCUCCCCCACUGAUGGAGACAGUGAUUCUGCAGCUGCCAUGUUUGCUAACGAAUUACUGAGACAAGAACAAGCCAGACUCAACGAAGCCAGGAAGAUUUCUGUUGUCAACGUCAACCCAACCAACAUCCGACCUCACAGCGACACACCUGAAAUCCGAAAGUAUAAAAAGCGCUUCAACUCUGAGAUCCUGUGUGCUGCUUUAUGGGGGGUAAAUCUGCUCGUGGGAACGGAGAAUGGGCUGAUGCUGCUUGAUCGGAGUGGACAAGGGAAAGUAUACAAUCUGAUCACCAGGAGGCGCUUUCUUCAGAUGGAUGUGCUAGAAGGGCUCAAUGUGCUGGUUACUAUAUCUGGGAAAAAGAACAAGCUGCGUGUUUACUAUUUGUCCUGGCUGAGGAAUAGAAUAUUACACAAUGAUCCAGAAGUGGAGAAGAAGCAGGGAUGGGUCACAGUGGGAGAGCUGGAGGGAUGUGUCCAUUACAAAGUUGUGAAAUAUGAGAGAAUCAAGUUCCUGGUGAUUGCUUUGAAGAACGCAGUGGAAAUCUAUGCCUGGGCCCCCAAACCAUACCACAAGUUUAUGGCCUUUAAGUCCUUUGCCGAGCUGCAGCAUCGCCCCCUGCUGGUUGACCUCACAGUGGAGGAGGGUCAAAGAUUAAAGGUCAUCUAUGGUUCCACUGUUGGCUUCCAUGUGAUUGAUGUGGACUCUGGUAACCCCUAUGACAUCUACAUCCCCUCUCAUAUCCAAAACCAGGUGACGCCCCAUGCCAUCGUGGUGCUCCCUAAGACUGAUGGGAUGGAGAUGCUGCUUUGUUAUGAGGACGAGGGGGUGUACGUGAACACCUAUGGGAGAAUCACCAAGGACGUGGUGCUGCAGUGGGGAGAGAUGCCUACCUCUGUUGCCUACAUUCACUCGAAUCAGAUCAUGGGCUGGGGGGAGAAAGCCAUAGAGAUCCGCUCAGUGGAGACGGGACAUUUGGACGGAGUCUUCAUGCACAAGAGAGCUCAGAGACUCAAGUUCCUCUGUGAAAGGAACGACAAGGUUUUCUUUGCCUCAGUGCGCUCGGGCGGUAGCAGCCAGGUGUUCUUCAUGACUCUGAACAGAAGCUCCAUGAUGAACUGGUGAUGACUCCACCCACUUUCACUCUGCCUCACUCCCAUUGGUCGACCCAGCCCACCUCGACACACCUCACCCAGAUUACCCACAAGGCCAAGCAUAAACUCAGAAAAAGACUAAAAAAAAUAACCCAAAAGCAAAAACUCAAUGCUGUACGAGAGAGUUAUGCUAACCUGGAUUAACAAAGAAGCCAUUUUACUUGACUGGAGCGUUGCCAUCGUCUUUACAAAUAAAAUCUCCUUUUUCCAAAUUUUUUUCGCACUUUCGAAGUAAAUUGUAAAUCCACUGUCUAGAUUCUUGAUUGUCAAACUUUUCACGUGAUUUUCUGGAUGAAUCAUUAUAAUUUUCAAGUCUCAACUCAACUUUACCUCUGGGGCUGAUGGGAGAAAAAUGAAUCCUUUUUCAUAUACAACUCAAAAGAAGCAACUAUUCAGUACAGGGGUCACGACUUUAGUUCUACCCCAAGUUACAAUCCUCCUCACCAUUUCCAGCUGUUUUAGGCUCUACGUAACCAUGGAUACUGCUUCUAGUGAUGCAAUUGGGACAUUGUAGUAGGGGUUGUGUCGGUAUGCAAAAAUAUGUCCUUUUACGAAAUGUUACGUUCACUCAAUCCUCUAUUUCCUCAACUUUUUUUCUUCUUCACUUUCUUAUCUCUCAAGGUGCUGCAUCAGAUAUACUGUAAUUUCCCUGUUUGUUAGGUACCACUUUACUUUUGUUUAAAGUCUUUGAUGCUUGACAAGUUGUAUAGCACAUGUGUAGGUUAAAAUUGUCUGUCUAUGUAUGAAAGUGUGUGUGUGUGUGUGUAGAUAUGUGCGUUUUGGCUUGCAUUUUGAAAUCAAGCUGAAAUCGGUGUGCAAACCUGCUGAGAAAAUGCAGAAAAAGUAACUAUUUUCAGAAAACAAUGGGUGAAAUGUGGAUCAAGUGGCCGGAUAAAUCAAUCAGUGUUGUUGGAUUAUUUUGUGAGAUGUUCCCAAACUCUUGUAGGGAAAAACAAAGGAUAUAUUGAUGCAGAAACUGCAUAGAAUGAAUGAAGACCUCUGCUAAGGCCUUGACCCUAUCUCGCAAUGGUAAAGUCAAAGUGCCCUGAACGCAAACUCAAAAAUGUUUAGUUCAGUGGUAAUAGCUUUUCUAACAUAACAAAACACAUUUAGAAUAAAACAGUGAGAAGAAUUAA